CAACCCAUCCCCUUCCAUCCAUGAACUCCCCAAGAAAGCUGUUAGACUUAAAGCUGUUAGAAAGCUGCCUUCCAUUGAGUAUGAGACAGACUCACCUCCUCCUCAAAAAACUAAAACAAUAGUCCAACACAGUACAGAAGACAGUGAGACCUUUUCUUCCCCCUCCUCUAGCUCUCUAUCUCCCCCUAUUUAUCCAACCCCAUCUCUUUCCUAUCUCUUGAUCUCCUGCACCAUCUCCCAUACCUUCUCAAACCCUUUUAUCACACAUAUAUAACCUUUGUAUCCUAUGCUAAGAAUCUAAACACCAAAUUAUAGCUUUAUAACUUAGCAACCACCAAAUGUUAGGCUCCCCAUCCCCGGCAGCCCCUGCCACGCCAGGCGACAAUAACAUCUCCUCAUCCCCUUGCUUGGAGAAUGCCACCAACAGUAAGAGGAAGAGAAGACCAGCUGGAACUCCAGACCCUGAUGCAGAGGUGAUAUCACUGUCGCCCAGGACGCUGCUGGAGUCGGACCGCUACGUGUGCGAGAUCUGCAACCAGGGGUUCCAGAGAGACCAGAACCUCCAGAUGCACCGGCGGCGGCACAAGGUGCCGUGGAAGCUGCUGAAACGAGAGGCGGCGGAGGUGCGGAAGCGAGUGUUCGUGUGUCCGGAGCCGAGCUGCCUGCACCACGACCCGUGCCACGCCCUGGGAGACCUCGUCGGCAUCAAGAAGCACUUCCGGCGCAAGCACAGCAACCACAAGCAGUGGGUUUGCGCCCGCUGCUCCAAGGCCUACGCCGUCCAGUCCGACUACAAGGCCCAUCUCAAGACCUGCGGCACCCGCGGCCACUCCUGCGACUGCGGCCGUGUCUUCUCCCGGGUGGAGAGCUUCAUAGAGCACCAAGAUGCCUGCAAUGCCGGCCGAGCUCGUGCCGACCAACAGCAAACCCCAGCUCCCGCAUGCCUUUCCCGGACUACGUCGAGCCCGAGCCCUUCCAGCGACACCAAUUUCAGCAGUGGGGCACCCACUUGGCCCCCCGUGCGAACGCCGGCUUCGACCACCACCACCACCACCUUCCAACCUCCUCCGCCACCCGACCACCGCCACCUCCACAACCUCGAGCUUCAACUCCUCCCCACAGCCAACGCCCACCCAACCACCACCACCACCGCCGCCACCAUCUCCUCCACCCUCUCCCCAGACUCCGACGAGGCCCAUGCCACCAAACUACGGCUAUCGAUAGGACCUGCAUCAAGAAGCGGCGACAAGGCUCAGGAGCAGCUCCGGCUUGCAAUGACCGAGAAGGCAUUGGCCGAUGAGGCAAGGCUGCAAGCCAAGAGGCAGGUGGAGUUGGCCGAGGAGGAAUUCGCCAACGCUAAGAGGAUUCGACAGCAGGCAUUGGCCGAGCUUGAGAAUGCUUUUGUCGUGAGAGACCAUGCCAUGAAGCGAAUCAACUCGAUGCUUCUCCACAUUACCUGCCAUGCUUGCCGGCAGCAUUUCCGGGCUAAAUCCAUUGUGCCCACCGACGAGAACUCACUCGCAGCAAUGAGCUUUGUGUCAUCGGUUGUAACUGAGGGCGACGGGGAUGACAACAAUAACCAGCGCCACGCCGUUAAGAUCUUAGACAUAUAGCUCUUAAUCCUCAAUCUAGAUUUCUUUUUAUCCUUUUCUUGUUGUUUUACCAUACUGAGAGUGACGUAAUUACCUUUUAUGAUGUUUCAAAUGUUCACAAGUUAAACAUGAGAAGGGGAGGGGGGAGCGUUCUAGUAACAAGCAAUCUUGUGCCUGUUUUGUUCCAAUUUUUUUUGUUAAUUGUUUGGAAGAAUAUUCGAAGAAAGGGAAGAGGUGAUGAUAGUGAUAAUGAUGGGUUUGAUCU